AUGCUUCUUUUCGAUAUAUUUAUAACCUUUGGGUACUUGAGUUCGCUCGUCCAGUGUGCGUAUCAAACAUUCGAGUCAUCCACUUUCACUGCCAAGCUUGAUACCUCGUCUCAAACUUUAGCCUCGCUAUCUCCAAAGUCUCUUCCUUCUUUUGACUUUUCGCCAUUUGAUGUUAUCUCCAGUCGCUCAGCAAACGGUAAUUACCAUGUGGGCGACGUUACACUUCGAUAUCGUAACGUGGGAGCCACUGCAUGGACAAACAUAAAUUCUGCAACGGCACGGGCCGCAGUCAAAGCUUCUGCAAUCUCGGGAACAAAUUUCGCAGCAUCAGAUUUAACGCCAACGAUACCUGCUGGGUCACCUUUCAACAUCACGAGAGCGUGGGGUUUUGAAACUGGGGACUUGACGCUGAAGGUUACGCUGUUAAAUAACCAAGCUAGCGAUAUUGAAAUUGGCGCUUUUGGUUUUCCUAUAGAGUUCAAUACCAUUUUCACGGCGAGAACGUCUGUCGAUACUCAAGCCAAAUGCUCCUUGAUAGAUCCCAAUAUAGGGCUUGACGGGGGAUUUCUUAGAGGUAAAAAUAUUUUUUAAUUAUCCAAGCAUUCCGUUUUCUAACCAAUAUUUUAGUUACGCCGUUGAGUGGAACUGGCCCAGCACUUGUUAUAACCCCUAUGUAAGCUGAACUCACAUAAUUCUUCUUUGCUUCACGUGAUCCACUUCGUCAUAACCCCGAAUUUCACGCCAAAAAGCUCGGUCGAGUGAUUGACUUCUUGAGUUUGGCCUCUCAAGUUUCUGUCUACACAAAGUUCGCUUGGAUUAUCGGCUUCCCGUAUUCACUAACCUCCCAACAAAACUCGAACCAAUCAAGUAAAGUAUAGCUAACUUUAAGCUUUCCCCUCACAGAAACGCGCCAUUUGAAGCUUGGAGAUUCCUUACAGAAAAUACAGGCACUUCACUUGCAUACCAAAGUCAAACCUUCGAAGGAUUUUAUUCAUGGGAAACAUUCACAAAAGCCUACGCGGAAAACGAGUGGAAGUCUACUGUACCAUGGAACCCUCCAACUUCCAAGAUCCUCGCCUCGAAACAAUCCAUCACACUAGGUCUGAAGUUCUCGUUAGCAGAUGAGAUAGCUACCAUCGGGAAUGCUGUUAUUGCUGCAAAGACCCCUCUUGCAGUUGGUACUCCAGGGUAUAUCAUCCCGCAAGAUUUGCAGGCAACUUUGAAACUUUAUUACAACAGCUCUGUUUCCUCUAUCAGUGCAGUGCCCACGGGCGCAUUUACAUUUAAAUCCACCACUUCAAACCAGUAUACUCUAACACCAAGCUCCUCGGCAUGGGGUCGACUUCGUGUCAUGGUAAAUUAUACCGACGGAAAAUCGCAAAGCAUACACUACUAUGUUACUAAAUCUGCCCCAAAAACGAUCUCAGAUCUCGGUAACUUUCUAACAACCUCACAAUACUUUAAUGAUACCUCAGAUCCCUUUGGUCGCACACCAUCCAUCAUUUCAUAUGAUCGCUCAGUCAACAAGAUGGUAACUCAAGAUCCCCGCGUGUGGAUAGCGGGAUUAAGCGACGAGGGUGGUGCGGGUUCCUGGUUGGCAGCUGCUAUGAAGCAAGCAGCACAGCCCAAUGCAGCAGAAGUUACCAAGCUCGAAGAUUUCAUUCAUAAAGUGUUAUGGAAGACACUACAAAACUCUGACUACAGUGUUCGCAAGAGCGUGUUCUUUUAUCAGCCAGGUCAGGUGACCUACACUUACAAUUCAAGUCUUAGUUGGGGUAAUUGGUGGAGUUGGAAUAAAGCUAAUGCUUUUGCAACGGAUCGUGCGUAUGACUAUGUCCAUGUGGCUGCGGCCUAUGUAAGUCUUCUCCCGCAGCUUCUUUAUCAUGAAACUGACAUUUAGUACAGUGGGCAAUUUAUCGAGUUGCCCGUGGUUACCCCUCGCUGGUAAGUUGAAGCCUUCUUUCUUGUAUUUUACCAUUGUAGAGAAAAGAAGCUAAAACUCCGAUUUCAAGGUCAAACAAGCAGACUGGAACUGGUACCUCACUCAAGCCUACAAAACAGUAUCCUUCUGCAUAUCCACCAACGUAGGAUACAGUCAGGUAGGCCUGAUGGGCGAAACCGUCUUUGGCUAUCUUCUUCUCGACCUGCAGCGUGAGAAUCUCACCACUGAUGCAAAGAAUCUUGAGCAACUCAUGCGUACCCGUGCUGCACGUUGGAAUUCUGAAGCUGUUCCAUAUGGAAGCGAGAUGGCGUGGGAUUCUACAGGACAAGAGGGCGUGUAUUACUGGAGCAAACACUUCAACUUCACCACGACUGUUGUGAAGACUAUUCAUUCAAUUCUUGGUUUUACUCCAGGGGCAGUUAGUCAUUGGGCUUGGCAGGGAAAUUCCAGACGUUAUUGGUUAGUUGGAAUCACUCCUUGCCACCUAUUGUUUACAUUGCUGGCUUGGCGCUGAGCGAACUCCAUUUCAAAGAACCGUCAAGCGAUCUCCCUGAUAAAGUUUGCGAGGAAGCUAAUUCAAUAUUCAGGGACAACAUUUACGGAGGGAAAUUGAUGCGCUAUGAAAGACAAGGCCAUCAUUAUGGGUCCGCACUAAAUGCACUUCCUCUUCUCGACUACUUCCAAGCAAAUCCAUCGAUGACCUACCUUUUACGGGUAGGAUAUGGUGGUAUGAAUGGCCCCCUAAGCAAUAUUGACCAAGAAGGUUUCGCUUCCGCGAGCUUCCAUACGUGGCCCGACACUCUGGCCUUUGACGCGUACAGCGGAGAUUACGGACCAGGAUUCUUAGGGUUGGUACUUGGUGCAGGCACAUAUAUUAUUGAAGAGUAUGGUGAGACCGUGGUUUUCGGUGGAAACCUGAGCCAAGAUGGCGAUGCGUUAGUGGUGGAGUUGAGGGAUGCGGUGAGACGGAGAGUUUAUUUGGGAAAAUAUGGGAUAGAAUUGACUGUUGAUGCUGGUGCUAUCGAGAAGGUGAGGGUUGUGAGUAAUCAGGUGAUAGUUUCGCUGGCGGCUAGUGUUGAGAGUAUAGCUGGGGAGCCAAAAGCAAAUUCGUCUAUUCUGUGGGUUGAGAGUAAAGUUUCGGGUGCGAGAUCGUUUCAAGUCGGGGAUGGAUUGAAGAAAGUACGUGGAGGCUCACAAGUGGACUUGAGUGGAGGAUCUGUCGACGUUAAUAUCACCUUUGCUUGA